AUUAUGAAAUUUUGUUGUUUUAAUACCUUGGCCAUCGUGCCAGUACUUUGGUCUGUUUUAAUGUUUUUGGGUUUUGUUAGUGGAUAUAUUGUAGCUGUUACUUUGGGUCACCUUGAGCCUUUUGUGCCAUAUAUAAGCGACCUUGGACUAAAUGCCCCAGAAAGCUACAUAUUUUCAGCAGUUUGUACUCUAUCUGCCAUUUUGGGUGCUAUUACAAUGUAUGGAGAGUAUAAGUAUUUCAAGCUCUCUAAUCCUAAUGGCAAAGAUCUCCAUAACAAGAUCAUACUUGGCAAUGGAUUAUUGUCCUGCGUGGGUAUCCUCAUUGCAGGAUACUUCCAGGAGUUUGAAUAUGAAUAUGUUCACCUGAUUGGAGCAGUGUUAGCUUUUGGACAAGCAAAUCUAUAUGCAAUAUGUCACUGCUACUACUACUACAAAUUGUCACUCUGGAAGGAUAACACACGGCUGUUCUUAUUCCGUGUAGCACUUGCCUCGUCUUUAACAUCUAUUUUCUUAUGCUUGAGCUUAUUGUUUAUUGGCUGCAAAAUCUACGAUCACAGCUGUAUGCUUGCUGACUGGGAUUUCCCUUUCCGACAAGAAUGUGCCACUAUGGAGUGGUUUGAGUUGAUUGGGAUUUGCAUUUUCUUACUGACACUGAAAAAAGAAAUGCAGCAACUUGGCUUUAGAGUUCCAAAAAGUCUGAAGGAAGACUGGAUUGUCAAGACAGAAAAGUGUUAUGAUGAUGUGGAAGCCCCUGAAGACCCCAUUUCUGGGUAA